UAUCAUCCUGGUGCUGAACAUGAACAAGCGUACGAACAAGCUGCAACUGUUGGUCUUGGUACCUAAUAGAUAACGAUAAGUUGUAUUUAGGAAAACGCGUACGCGACACUAAGAGUUUAUGAUAACUACAAAUGCUUCAUAUUAAAUCUAAAAGACCUAAAAAAAUGCAGUAAACAUAUGUGGUGUUGACACACUCGCUACCGUGAUCAGGAAAGUGCGGAACUCGGGACGCAUGUGCAGGAAGACAUCGCUUGACGCCUCCGUAGAAAACGAUCUUCGCAUCCGCAUUAGCACUCACGUCCUCUUAAGGACUCAUCCGGGGCGAGCGUCAACAGUCACAUGCGCUUAGUCGUGCACCAUGAUGUGCAAGAAAAGGUUUAGCAGCUUUCGGCCACCCGGCUUCAUUCCUGCGCAGCAGAGGAGGAGGAAAGAAGUGCCUUGCGUCAGACAACCUGAUCGUGGUGGUUUGGCACUUUCCCAGCGCACGGCAUCAGUGCUAAGCCGGCAACUUGUUCAGCUACGGUCCGACAUGGAGACUCUUGGUCUCGUCUGGUUACAGGAGAUUCUUUGGCCUGAUGUUAUUUCGAGCAGAGGAUGA